UUAGGUUCGUGACGUAUUUCCACGCUCUCUCUCGCAGUGCUCGAUAGCCUUUUUAUCCCUUCUGCGAAGAGCAAUGGCCAAUCAGCAAAAGAAGUAUUUCUACCCCCCGAGCUGGGACUACCCGCCAGGAGGACCCAUAGCUUUGGGCAACAUCAUAACCUCCCCGAGAGACCCCGUGCCGCCUCUCGUCGCGGUCGCGCCGCAUGAACUGCCCGACGUGACGAAGCUGGCGGGCAAGACCAAGGUCGAAUGGACGCACGAAAGGGCCACGACGGGCGCGUUCGGGAUCUACACCAAGUUCCUGCAGCAGAUCGCCGGGGUGGGCGUCGACGCCGGGGUCGACCUCGGCCGCGCCGACGCCGCGUCGUUCCAAUUCGAGGCCCUCGAGACGGUCGAGCUGUGGCCCACCGAGCAGUAUCUCCGGGCGAGGCUCAACGACCCGCGCGUGCGCAGCUACCUGAAGCACAGGCGCUUCCGGCGGAAGAGGGUCUUCAUGAUCAACGGCGUCAAGACCGUGACGGGGCCGAGCGCCAAAAGCAGCCGGUCUGCGGAAUUCGGCUUCAGUCUCGAUGCCGGCGUCGACGCGACGCCCGCGAUUGGCGUGCCCGGCUCGGUGGGAGCCAGGAUCAACCCCACGUCUCGCACAAGCCAGAGCCACGGCUGGGAGGGCUCGGAUGACUUCGUCUUCGCGUUUAGAGUGCUGGAGCUGUGCGUGAAAGACGGUUCUGCCGUCGACUCCAAGGUCUACGAUACUGGGGCGAUGUACGCCGAGGACGACGAUUCCGCCGAGGAAGAUGUCGAUUUUGUUGCAGAAGACGUUCGGGGCUCUGGGGAAAUUGUUGCUGACGACCAGGAACAAGUGGUCGUCAUGAAAUCAACCGACUUCGAAGAGGAUUGAGCUUUUGACUAGCCGAGAGUGGAUUGCCUGGAAAAGCAGUGAGUGACUCUCCGACGUGGUCUCGCUCUUUCUCUCCCUGAAAGCUUGUCUACUCUUGAAGCGUUAGUUCUAUGAAAGCGUUUUCAUAUUCAAUGCGUUACGAAUACUCCGCCGAAUGUCCUCCUGG